AUGGGAGAACGUUGGCCAGGAUAUCCGGCUCCGGGAAUCCUCGGCGGUUCGUUAGUUAUUCGCGGCUCGGCCUCCGUUCAGGAAUUCAUCUCGCGACCCGCACGUCGUUGCUUAAUUUGCAAGCAAAAUUAGGUGUGUGUGCCGAGGAAGAGAUAGAGACUAACAAAAGAGAAUAGGUACGAAGCAUUUUUUCUUCUCUUUUUUGAACAAAAUUAGGAAAAUACUGUAUUUCGUUCGGAUUCUUUGAUUCAGCUUUCUCUAAAAAAGUUGCCUAGUCUUAACAUUUUAUUAUUUCUUUUUGUUGCACCGUUUUCAGUUGAAGUUUCAAAUUUGGAGAUUUUAGUUAUGUAUGCCAUUGCUCGUAAAUCGUUUCUGGUCGGUCGCAAUUUGAAUUUAUCAAACAGCUUAACUUAUUCCAAUAAAAAGUUUAUUUUUUUAAUAUUUCCCGUUUUGAUAUUCAAUAUAAAACAGCAGUUUUUUAGCUUUCCAAAUACAUUUUUUGUUCACCAAAAAAAUUUUAAAAAAAUUUGGAAGUAUGUUGAAUUUCGUCUGCGGUGCAUGCACAAUAAACAUCAUAUCUGACGGGCGAAUGUAGAACGCCGUGAAAUGAGUUACGUUUCAUAGAAAGAUUAUAAUCAUUUCUUUUUUUCCGUUUUUUUGAUUCCUCGUCAUCAAUUUCAGCUAAAAAAAUUAUUUUUGAGAAGAAAGAAAAAAAUUCAGAAAAAAUCUUCAAGGGCCUCAAGCUCCUUCAAUUUACAAUUCUAAACUAUUUUUUUCCUCUACAAAGUUAUUUUAUAUGAAGAAGAAAGAUAUUAUUGUAGUAAAUACUCCGCCGAUUUUUCCUUUUUUUUUAAGUUUUUAAAAUCACUUUUUUCACUCCUUCUUUCUUCCCAAAGUCGCAAAGCUCCUCGAUUUGCAGAAAAGUUUCAAACCCUAUCAUUAUUUUUCCAUUCGAAAAAUGUUCAAACAUUAUCCGCAAAGUGCGACGGAAAAGCCUUUGAAAGUUCAUCCCGGCAAUUAUAUUCGAUAACUUCCUUUUUUCCACAAAGUUUCUCAUUUUUCUCCAAAAGUGCUUUUUUAAUGGUGGUUGUAGCUUUUCUUCAUGUAGAAUUCGAAAAAUAUGCGUUUAUGAUUUUUUGAUGGACAGUUUUUGAUUUUUUUGAAGAGUAGUUCUUAAAAAAAUGAGCCGGAAAAAAAGUUUUUAUUUCACGCUUAAAAAAAUAAUUAGGUCUCUAGACGAUGCUUUUUUUCAAUUUUAAACUUUUUAAAAAAAUUUUCAGCUCAUUUUUUUCGUUAAUAAUAUACUAAUUUCCGAUUUGAAAAAUUUGAAAAAAAUCCAAAAAUAGGCGAAGAAAUUUCAACUAGAACCGCAUCGCGACCGCAACGCCUUGAGCCAUUCCAAAUGCGACCAGCAGCGUCGAAAAAAAUGGUCUUUUUCACGCCUGAUUCUUGGUGUCAAGCCAGAUUUCCCAGAAAAAGUUGCCAAAUCUUGAUCUUUCCCUUUUUUCCCUUUUUAGAAUUCCUAAUCGCCGUCCGACGCUCAUAAAAAGCGACUUUUUCGGGCCUUUUUCUCAUUCAUAGCUGAUCAGUCUGGCACGCACACGGCUUCCUCGCGACGUUCACAAGUUUUUUUGUCAUUUUUUUCUUUUCUCUCUCGAAUAUCAAGCCUUUUUUUUCACGACAAAAAGUCAUAUUAUUGCUUUUUAGAGUUGAACAGAAACUACAAUUCAACUAGUAAAAAAAUAAUUUUUUUCGGUUAAAAUGUUUUAAUGAAAUUUAAAAUCUGCCCGAAGCCGGGCCUACCCAAGCCCGCACAAGCUUUUUCUUAAAAAUAAGGCCCAGAGCCCGGGCAGACCGACCCCUGGUUAUAACCCAUUCCGGGCCAGCUUCUCCCGUUUUUUCCUGCUAAAAAUACCGUAUAAAAAAGACCCAAUUGACCAAAAUUCGCUUCAAGACCUUCUUUUUCUGCUUUUAAAAAAAGAAUAAAACUGUUUUACGGUACCUCUUUUUCUUUUAAAAACGAGACCGUCUCGAGCGAAAAAAACGCACUAUAUCAAAAAUCCGGGCAUGUUUCUGAGGAAAUUACUUUUUUUAUAUGAGAUUGAUGUACUUCUUGAAAAAAAGAAAGUCUUUUUUUCUUGAAAAAAAUUGCCGUACAAUGGUAAAGGUUUAAACGUACACGGCUUAAAUCUCAUUCCGAAACGUAGUUCAGCCAGGAAAUGGCUCUUUUUCAUAAAAAAAGAUAAAAAUUAAGUUUUUUUGACCUUUUUUUGAUGAUAUAAAUUUUUGGACGUCUAGAUAAAUCAUAAUUUUUUUAAAAAAAUUUCAAUGUUUUCUUCUCAAAAAAAUAUUCAAAUUUUUUUCUCUUUUUAAUUUGUUUUUGGCAGUUUUUUUGGUACUUUUAUAAGGUCGAUCCCUAUCAAAAAGCCACUUUUUAUUCUUUUUUCUUUUUUCUCAAUUAAAUGCUAGAGAAUAUAAUUUAUUUUCCCUCUUAUUCUGCCGAUUUUUGGCUUGAUUCCACUUGAGUGACCAUUCCCCCUUUUCGAUUCGCGUUUCUCCUCUUCUUUUUCUUUUUUUCGCCGACGUGAAAUUCGCUUUUGUCUUUAUUUCAUGAAUUUUUGAAGUUUUCAGGUCCCUGGUUUUUUCUUAAGCAUUGAGACCGACGCAGUCACUACGGCCGGCUCGGUUUGUUUUUUUUUUCAGGAAAAAAUUAAUUUUCUUUACGAACACUAAAGAAAAUUGCCGAAGAGCGAAAUCGGGCGCGGUGCAUUGACGCGAUAUCGCAAAAUUUCUGCUUCGAAGUCGCGCUCGAAAUGCCUUUUUUGACGCGAUAUCGCAAAAAUUCUGCUCCGAAAACGCGCUCGACUUGCCUUUUCGGCGCGAUAUCGCGUUUUCUUGGGGCGAUCUUGCAGUUUGAAAGCUAUGUAAUUUUUGAGUGCGGGAGAAAUGCGAUGUCGCGCCUAGAAAAGUGCGCGAAGGCAGAGUGAAAUGUUCGCGAUGUCGUCACUUUACCGCUAGCGACAUCGCGUUUUGUGUUUUAACUUUUUUGAUUGCGGAAGAAUAGCGAUGUCGCGUCUAGAAAAGUGCGCAAAGACAGAGUGAAAUGUUCGCGAUAUCGUCAAUGUAUCGCCAGCGACAUCGCGUUUAUACCGCGCCCUGCAGUUUUCUUUAGUAGGACCAUUUCAAUCAUGGAUACUUUCUAGGGAAGCCGCGUUGCGGAGGCGUCGACCUCGGACUACCGCGUCGCGGUGUUCGGCGCCGGCGGCGUCGGCAAGUCGUCCAUCGUUCAGAGAUUCGUCAAAGGCACCUUCUCCGACAACUACGUCCCCACUAUCGAGGAUACCUAUAGACAGGUGGAAAAUUAUAGAAAUAAAGAAAAAAAAACAUAAAUCCACUGUAUUCAUAUUAUAAAAAUCAACUAAAAAGAGGCGAAAAAAACCAAAAAGGUACACGUUUUCGCACAUAGACUUGACAACUUAUACUCGAACCGAAAUAUCAAUAAAUUAAAUCCAAAAAUGAAAAAUGCCCGGAAAAUAAAUCAAAAAAUACUAAUUACUUUCAUAGUUUAUCCAAAUUGAAUUUGGACUUAAAAAUUGACUGGAAAUAUACGGUAUUUCCAACAGAGUUCGCCAAGUUGUAUUUGUACUGAAAAGUUUGGGUCAAAAAUCAACCGAAAAACGUCUGAAAUAUGAUAUUUUCAUUGAAGAAGUUCAAUUAAAGCUAUCCGGCUUGACAAAUGAAUAAUUAAGUAGCAUCAAGACCACUUGAGUGACCCCUUGAGAUAGUCCUAAUCGAAAAUUCUCACAUAGCUUCAGAAUUUCUGGCCUUUACUACGUUAUAUGUCAUUUAUAUCUGUUUUUUGGUAAAUCAAACUUUUUUUGAUGGAAAGCGAAAAUAGGUAGGAAGAAUAAGUAGCGCCGAGACCACUUGAGUGACCCCUUGAGAAUCAAAAAAUCUCACAAAUUCACAGAGUUUUGGGCUUUUUUUUACGUCAUAACUCAUUGGUUUCUGCUUUUUAGAAAAUCCAGUUUUUUUUUUGAAGUAAAAGCCGAUGUUAGGUACAAGAGUAAGCAGCGCCAAGACCACUUGAGUGACCUCUUAAUCAAAAUUUCCCAGAAUUUUGGGCCUUUUUUGCAUCGCAAGUCAUUGGUUUCUGUUUUUCUGGUACCUCAUGUUAUAAUCGAGAACUUGCAGGUGAUCAGCUGCAACCAGAAAAAUGUCUGCACUUUACAAAUCACCGACACGACGGGAAGCCAUCAGUUCCCGGCGAUGCAGAGGCUCUCGAUGAGCAAGGGACACGCUUUCGUCCUCAUCUAUUCCCUUACAAGGUUCGAUAAAUCAACUCAGCAAAGCCUGAGUGCUUACUAGAAGGCUUAGGAAACCCCCCCCCCCCUAAAGUGGACAAAAUAAUGCCCUCAGAAGGUUGUAGUUAAAGUAGGCCUUAUAGGGGAUUGUGGUCUGGAUCAUAAGCCCCUUCAACAUAAGUGGUCCCUAUAGGGGUCUGGAAUCUGGAUCAUAAGCCCCUCCAACUUAAGUGGUCCCUAUAGGGGUCUUACGGUCUGGAUCAUAAGCCCCUUCAACUUAAGUGGUCCCUACAGGGGUCUUACGGUCUGGAUCAUAAGCCCCUUCAACUUAAGUGGUCCCUAUAGGGGGUCUGGAAUCUGGACCAUAAGCCCCUUCAACUUGAGUGGUCCCUAUAGGGACCCUUUUUUUUGCUCUGAUUUAAAAAAUAAAAAAAGACGUUCGUUUUUUGAGCAUCGCGCUCUUCCAAAGGAAGGAAAUGAAUGAAUUUCAUCAAUUUUUUGUUUUUUUUUUCAGUAUGCAGUCGUUAGAAGAACUCGGCCCCAUCAUUAUGAUGCUGAAGGAAGUGAAAGGUUCGGCGAUUGGCGAAGUGCCAAUAAUGCUGGUCGGCAACAAAAAAGACGAAGAUUCGGUUGGUCCAUUCAAUUUUUAACGGAUAUUACUGUUUUGGAGAAAGAACUUUUGAAAAAUUGAUGCAGGUUCAAACACUAAGAGCAGCUCAGAGCUACAAAAAAAAUUAAAAUACCAAGAAGAACCUUUCAAUUUGGCCUUACAAGGGAGAUCAUAUCACUUAUUGUUGAGAUUUUUCUGCAAAACGGUCAGAUUAUUUUCUGAUGUAGAAGAUGAUCUUCCUGGAUUUCUAAACCUGUAAAACUUCCUAGUUUUUGAGGAACGACCUGAUGAGAAAGUAAUAGGAAAAAUUAUUUUUAUUUCAAAAGAAUAAUGAGAAUUCAAAAAACGACCGUAUUUUAUUAAUUCGCAAUGGAGCACAAAAAAAGCGGUCGCAUUUUGUAAACGUCCGUACUCUAUGCCUCGCCGCACUAUUUAAACCACGAAAUGUCAUACAACGACAACUUUCUCAGAACUUCGGAACUGGAAACAGAAAUAACGAAUUUCAGAAGCGCGAAGUUUCCACCGCGGUCGGCACGAAACUCUCAUCUCAAUGGGGUACGGGAUUCAUCGAAACGUCGGCCAAGAACAACGACAACAUCACGGAACUGUUCCAGCAACUCCUUUCAAGGGAGAAAAAACGGCAACUCGCCCUGACGAUGGAUGAUCCCGACGGGAAAAGCGGCAAGAAGAAAGGAUGCGCUCUCAUGUGA